CAUAGUUUACUCAACUGUCUCAUUCAGUCUUCCAAUUUCUCACCACGUAUAUUCUACGCCCUUUAUAAUCAUCAUCUGUCUUGUGAAACAAAAAAAAAUUACUGCAAUAGACUAGAAUGUUUCCAUACAAUAUCGUGAUGUUGGUCCAUCUUUCCAUGUUGUUUCUACCAAAACUUGUCUUUGCAAAGUGCACUUGUGAAUCCCAGAUUCAAGGUCAUCGAAUCGAACAUGAAGCACUUGAAUUCAAACUUAUUGGGAUAGGUUCAAUCUUAUUGGCAAGUGCAAUUGGAGUUUGCAUUCCUUUAUUGCUUAAAAAUGUGAGAGCUUUACAACCUGAAACGGGCCUUCAUUUCUUGAUAAAGGCUUUUGCUGCUGGUGUUAUCUUAGCAACUGGCUUCAUCCACAUUCUUCCUGAUGCUUUUGCAAGUUUGACUAGUCCAUGCCUUCCUGAAAAUCCAUGGGGAGGUUUUCCCUUCGCGGGUUUUAUAGCUAUGAUGGCUGCUAUUGUAACCCUGAUGAUGGAAGCUCUAGCCACCGGAUACCAUAGAAGAGCAGAGAUGCUGAAACCUCAGCCUCUGGAUGGCGACGAGGAAGCUAACCCAACAGAUGCUGGCCAUGUUCAUGGUCCUGCUAUUUUGUUGGAAAGAUCAAAUUCGUCAAGUCUUAUUCGGAAUCGAAUCGUAUCACAGGUUUUGGAAUUAGGCAUUGUAUUUCAUUCGAUGGUAAUUGGAGUAUCCAUGGGUGCAACUCAAAGCCCAAAAAUCAUCAAAUCCUUGAUAGCAGCUUUGAGUUUCCAUCAGUUUUUUGAGGGCAUCGGACUUGGAGGAUGCAUUUCUCAGGCAAAAUUCAAGGCUAGAACAAUCACUACAAUGGUGCUGUUUUUCUCCCUGACAACCCCGGCUGGUAUAGCCAUUGGGAUCCUGAUAUCGAAACGGUACAAUGAGUACAGCCCAACAGCAUUGGUUGUUCAAGGGGUUCUGGAUUCAGCAUCAUCUGGGAUUCUGAUUUACAUGGCACUAGUUGAUCUUCUUGCAGCCGAUUUCAUGAAUCCAAAGCUCCAAACCGAUUUCAGAGUCCAAUUCGGAGCCAAUUUUUCACUUCUAUUGGGAGCUUGUUGCAUGUCACUGAUGGCCAAGUGGGGUGACUCGUGAUUUCUUCAUUUCCAUCAUGUUUUCUUUCUUAUUGGCAAUAUAUGUAGCUAAAGUAUUCAGCAGGAUUCUUCUAUGAUAUGCCCUAAGAACACAGAAUAAUAGAAUAUGAGCAAUGGGCCGGUUAUCUUUAAGAGC